CACAUGGUGUGGAUUUCCGCUCUGACACGUUUUACUCGAGGCUGCACAGCAGGGGCAGGGCCACACAAUCACAGAAGAGCUGCUGCAGCAGGACAUGAUGGUGCUUUGAAGACCACUCUACCAUGCAGUCCACCAUGAAUGUCAAUGGACUUCAACGCCAGGGCAGUCAGGAGAAUUACAUUCUGGAUAAUACACUGAGGAAGAAAAGUUCUCUGUGGUACCGCCGCUCGCUGAGGGGGAGCAGUGAUCGACAGCGGCAGAACACAGGCACCCUGCCCAGAGUUUGCAAGCCCAAACAGACCCGCAGCAACAGCCUGGUUGAUUACACCGACCCACAGAGGACCACAAUUAUACUGGAAAAGCAAGACAAUGAGACAUUCGGUUUUGAAAUUCAGACAUAUGGCCUGCGGUUGAAACACAGCUCUGCAGUGGAGAUGUGCACGUUUGUGUGCAAGGUGCAAGAGGACAGCGCAGCUGAGAACGCUGGCCUGACCACAGGAGACAUUAUUGUCACCAUCAAUGGGGUCAGCAUUGAGGGAUCAUCUCAUCAGCGCAUACUUGACCUCAUUCGAGAAUCAACCAACAGCCUAAAGAUGGAGACUGUGUGUGGGAAUGUGGUGAAGCAGAUAGAGCUGGAGAAGAGGAUGAACCUGCUCAAGCAAUCACUACGCGAGAAACUGGUGGAGCUGCAAGCGCUGACAUUACAGGAAAAGCGUCUAAUGCGAGGUAAUCUAAACGACACCAGUCUCCACCUCUCAGAUGCCUCUUCAGCCAGUCUGACCUCCCCCAUUGGCCGCUGUGGUCGAAGGUUUUCCAGUGACAGUAGCUACAGGAGUGUGAUGACAGAUGACAGUGACCAAGCUAGUGUGUUUGGGGACCUGAACUCACCCAGUCCCUGCAGCGCAGCCAGCACCACAGACGAUGGCUGCUUCUUUUCCAGAGACUUUCCCUCAGACGACGGCUCCCGCAGGUUUUCAUCCAACUCCAGCUAUCCAAACCAAACCCUCCGCUCCAGCAGCUCCAGUCUGGCAGGCAGCAGCAGUUCCCUCUCUCCUUCCUGGGACGAAACAAGAAUCUCGUCCUUGUUUGGGACUCUGCCCAGAAAAAGCAGAAGAGCCAGUGUGCGCAAACACAUCUUCAAGUUGAUUCCAGGACUCCAGAGAUCAGUUGAAGAGGAGGAGACAGGAGCAAACAAUCCAUGAUUUGCCACCCACAUGCUGCUUUGUCUCACAGAGAAAUGGACAAUGUAAUGCAAAGUUUCUCCACACUUUUAAGACUGGGUCAACCCUUCAUGAGGACACAGAGAAGACGGUUUUUGUUUUGGCAGUCGUCAAUGUCAAAGUUCAAUUGUCUCUGAGCCAUUCAGGGUGAGCCUGGCUCACUGCUUAGCCUGUACUGUACUUGUGGCACAAAAGCAUUAUGGAAACGUGUUGAAUGAAUGUACACAUUUUAUAAAGAUUGUAAUGUAAAAAACACGCAAUUAUGUAUCCUUCUGACUUGAAUAUAUGUUGUUUUAUUCCUUUGUGAUACUGUAGUUAGCAUUAAUCAGAGCAGUGUGAAUUGCAGCAACAGUAUUCAUGUAGCAACCUGUGUUUCAUAACGAGCCAUUUGUAACCUGAACUAUACACAAAAACCAUUGAUUUUACUAUGAGACACUCCAAGCAGCACUUAUAUCACGUUCAGGUGCAAGGAACCAAAACUAAACCUCUAAACCAUACAGGAGGCUUCUCAAGUAAAAACAGGAUGUGGGUAUGAGAGUACUACUUAGCAGUUUCCAUCUACAAAAUUAUAUUCAGAUACACCUUACUUUCGAUGCUCAGGGCCACUGAAACGGUUUCUCGUGCAUUCUGUGUGUUCAGAGAUUGUGUAUUCUGCUUUAAGUUGCAAGAAAAUGCAACUCUGUAAAAACUGUGUAAAGACUGUUUUUGAUCUGUGCUUAAUCCUUUGCAAUCACAUUAAGAUUCAAUGUAAGAAAAAGUUUAAAAAAUAAAUAAAAUAAAAACUUUUACAGCCAA